AUGAUAUGUGCUAAACAAGGGGCUAGGGUAAAAACACAAUUGAUGGGAGACUUACCAAGUUUUCGGGUAAAACCAGCUCGGCCAUUCCUUAACUCCGGUGUCGACUUUGCGGGACCAAUUCAAAUUUUACUAAAAAAGGGCAGAGGAGCUCAAACUGGCAAGGCGUACAUAGCUAUUUUUGUAUGUAUGUCCACGAAGGCGAUCCACUUAGAGUUAGUUGGUGAUCUGACUUCAGCUGCAUUCAUUGGUGCCUUUAAACGAUUUUGCGCACGAAGAGGCAGAUGCACCAACUUGUGGAGUGAUCAGGGAAGAAAUUUCGUUGGUGCUAACAAGGAGCUGGUUGAAGCCUGGAGGGAAGCUCGCCUACAAUUUGAUGGAGAAAUUAGUGAAUUACUUGCUAAUGAUGGAACACAAUGGCACUUCAUCCCGGCCUACUCCCCAAAUUUUGGAAAUUUAUGGGAGAUGGGUGUGAAGUCUAUUAAGCACCAUCUACGAAGAAUCCUUAACACUAACCUUACCUAUGAAGAGCUUACAACGGUUCUCUGUGGAAUUGAAGCGUGCUUGAACUCGAGACCGCUGUGCCCGCAGGAGGACAACACGUUAGAACCAUUAACUCCGGGUCAUUUUUUGAUAACUGAAGCCCCUGUAACCGUGCCUGAUGUGAACCUGAAAGACGCUAAAAUAAGCAACCUGACACGUUGGCAAUACACGCAAAAACUGCUGAAUGACUUCUGGUCAAGAUGGCAAAAAGAAUACUUGACGCCGCUGCAGCAAAGACCGAAAUGGUUAAAACGCGAAGACGAAUUCAAGAUAGGAGACAUUGUCCUCAUAAAACAGGACAAUUUGCCACCAGGAAAGUGGCUUAUGGGACGAAUAACCGACAAGCAUCCUGGCCCUGACGGUCUUACCAGAGUCUAUAGUGUAAAGAGUGGUGAUAAUAUAACAAAGCGAUGCGUAACCAAACUAUGUGCGUUGCCCAUCGAAAUAGAUUAG